GCUCAAUUCAUCCCCACCAGCAGCACCAGCCACAUGCGUCAGGGAGCCGAAGCACCGCCUCUGAGCUGAUCCCUCCGAGGAAAGCCGAAGACAAACGAGCCUUCCCCCUGAAAGGGAUACCGGUAAAAGAAAAGAAAACACACACUCCCACCAUUGCAGAGAAAUCAGAGAGUCUGCAGAGUCUCCACCCGAGAGGUCGUUCCCCGAACACGCGGACGUUGUGCAGACGUUGCGUAAGACAAAGUGAUACCGACCUGCUCCGUGCUGCGGACUCAACCCAAAGAGGAGAAGUGGACGUUUCUGCUCCUUUUUGGAGUUUUUCGGAGGGAACAAAAAUGUCUAAACCUGAUUACACCGGCACGUUCCAUAUGGUGGAGCAGGAGAAUAUGGACUCGUACCUCGCAGCUUUAGAUAUCAAUUUUGCCCUGAGGAAGAUUGUGUGUUUGUUGAGGCCCAGCAAGGAGAUUGUCCACGACCCGGUGACGGGGGCCAUGAGGAUCCGCACGCUCACCACCUUCAAGAACUUCAACAUGGAUUUCACCAUCGGAAAAGAAUUCACCGAAGACUUGGGGCCAGUGGACGGCCGUACUUGUCAGACUACAGUGAACUGGGAAGGGGACAACCUGAUCUGUGAACAGCGGGGCGAGAAGGAGGGACGAGGAUGGACACACUGGCUGGAGGGUGACAAGCUGCAUUUGGAGAUGAGAGUUCAAGGCGUCGUUGCCAAGCAAGUCUUCAAGAAAGCUGUUUGAAGUAACUGCUGGUUUGUUUUAGUGAAUUUAUUCUCAGUAGAAUCUAGUUACGGACUUGGUACAAGUUUAAAUAAUGUUUAUAGGUUGUUUUAGUGGGUUUUAAAAAAAAUCUAAUCAAUGUUAUUUUGAGAUGUCACAAAAAGAUUGAACAUCUCAGAAACAUGUACAUCCUAAUUGUCUGAUGGUACUAACUGAAGAAGAAGAGUGGAGCAAAAGGACUUGUAAACAUUUCCGACCUACAUCGUCAUAUCUAUCUUCACAAUGUUAUAAACAAAUCAUUCAUCC